AUGGAGGCAGUGGAGGUUUUCUCGGGCGUCAACUGCGCCGGCUCGCCCGACGUGCUGGCCAUGUACAACCUGUCGGCGAGCUGCGUGGAGGACGCGUGCAGCGACAUCGCGUUCGGCAACGACACGUACUACAUCAGCCGCACGUGCAACGUGUCGGACCGCUUCGCGCACACUGCGGCCGUGCUCGGGGACUUCACGUACGUGAUGAUGGAGACGUACGACAACAAGAGCUGCGUGUCCUUCGGCGAGGCCGACGUGUUCCUGGCGUCGGGCAGCUGCGAGAUCUCGUCGGGUCUUGGGGACCAGUCGGUCAUCACGAGCCUCUACUCGAACGGGUCCGCGGUGGUGGCGCUCUACCCGAACGACGCGUGCGGCGGAGAACCGUCGCUCUACUUCGAGCUGGACAAGGACGCGCUAACCACGGGCUCCUGCCAGCAAGGACUCUACCGGUUCUAUAGCAGCGACACUGCGUCAAGUUCGACUAGCAGCAGUAGCGGGAGCUCCGGCAGCCUUGAUACUGCCGCCCCACAAGCUGCGGACAGUGACUCGGGCUCCAGUAGUGCCAGCAAUGGCCCAGGUAUCAGCACGGGGGCAGUGGUGGGCAUCGCUGCUGCAGCUUUGGUGCUCAUUGUCAUCGUCGCAGUGGUUGUCGUCUAUCGGCUACGUAAGAAACGUGAAGCCGAACGGGAGGAGAAUGACAACUUCAGCAGCUUCCAGUCGCCCUCAGGGAGUCGGAAGCCAGGCUCGUCGACGGCUCCAGGGACGACGAACUCGCUGGGAGAUGACGGCAGUAGCGGCCGACAGUCGGCCAAGCCGGCCAUGCUCGUGGGUCUGUGGGACGACGAAGUCAUCGCCACCGCUCGCGUUCCUCGCGAGAAGGUCAUCGUCCAGCACAUUAUCAGUCGUGGAGGCGGCGGCGAGGUGUACUUCGGUCUGUUCAACCAGCGCCGCGUUGCGGUCAAGAUGCUGCUGCCCGAAGUGCGCAAGAGCGUCAAGCACGUGAACGCAUUUCUGGCCGAAGUGAAGCUCAUGGCGACGCUCGAGCACGCGCGCAUCGUCGAGUUCGUGGGCGUGGCCUGGGACUCGUUGACGGACUUGUGCGUCGUGUCGGAGUUCAUGGAGGGUGGGGACUUGCGCGCGUUGCUGAGUGUGUACGAACAGGAGCAACACGCCACAGGCUUCGACCGCAGCAAGGUGACGAUCGCACUGCACGUGGCCCACGCGCUCACGUACCUCCACUCGCUCGAGACUCCGGUGCUGCAUCGAGACUUGAAGUCCAAGAACGUCCUGCUCACCUCCAGCCUAGAGGCCAAGCUCACAGACUUCGGCAUCUCUCGAGAGCGAGGCGACAAGACCAUGACGGCGGGCGUCGGCACGUCGCGGUGGAUAGCGCCCGAGGUCAUGCUCGGCCACAAGUACGACGACAAGGCCGACAUGUUCUCGUUUGGCGUGGUGCUGUCUGAACUGGACGUGCAUGUGCUCCCGUACUCGCACGCCAAGGACUGCGGGGACAUCGACUCGGACCACAAAGUCUCCGAGGCGGUCAUUAUGCAGAUGGUGGCACUGGGCAAGCUGCGCAUCGAGUUCUCGACUGGUUCUUUGCAGUCGAUGGCGGACUUGGGCAUGGCCUGUGUGUCGCUCGAUCCGACGGAGCGACCGACAGCAGCAGAAGCGCUCUAUCGGCUGCAUACAAUACUAUCGCAGGAGCUCUAG